AUGCUCCAUUUUGUCAAUUUUGCGCGAGAGCGUCAUAACUCUUCGUCUUCAGCUGAUGAGCCACCAGAGAUUAAGGAGCUGAAGGAGCUGCAAGAUUUGGAAGAGUCCGCAGAAUCAGCCCGAUAUUUUGAUUCCAUCUCGGCACCAGUCCCAUCGUCCCCCCGCUCGUUUCGACUCGUUAGCAACCGAAAACGUGUGAAUCGCCACUCGUCAGUACAUUCAAAUGAAUCCAGUGGCUCUGAAUCUAGGGCAUCGAUAAGGUCGGUGUCGCCAAUGGCACUUAGCUCUGGUUGUGAAGUUUGUCAGGCGAGUACAACCUGUGAACAGUGUGCUAAGGGGCACGAGACUUGUCUACAGCACCUGCACCACCACCACCGCCACACUAAUAAUAUCGAUAACAAGCCCAAACUUGAUAAUUUAAAAAACAAAAAUAUUAGCAAUCGUGCCAAAACAAAUUCUUUACAACCACCACCUUCUACAAUCUCAAGACAUCAGAGAGAUCAUAGCCCACUAAGGACCGCUCAGAGCUCAUCAGAACAGCCUGGUCCAUCAAAUUCUUGCACAGACACCUUAGAUAUGCAACACCAAACCCAAGAUGAACUUGAGUACUUUUUCACAAAGGAAAUUGAAUGGUUCGAACUCUCAUCGCUUCGCAAAACCAAAGUCAACAUUUUACUUCAAAAUGCAAAUGGGCCGUGCCCACUUGUGUCUCUUAUCAAUACUUUGGUUUUGACACGUGCUGAAACCGCUCGGUACACAACAGAUAAGAAGCAGAUAUCUGUAAAGGGACUGCUCGAGUAUCUCGGCUCUCUUGUCAUUGACAAAACUGUUAAUUCAUCGACUCAUCUUCCUAUAAAUUUCGAUAAUGAUGUUCAACUUUCCAAUGAUAUUAGUAAAGUCCUGGGUUUGCUUCCAAAACUGGUUUCUGGUUUGCAUAUUGACCCUUGCUUUGACGGCACUUUUAGUGACUCGCCAGAAAUGGCACUUUUUAGACUUUACGACGUCAACAUUGUUCACGGUUGGAUUGCCGAUCCAGAGUCAGAUGUUUAUAAUUAUGCGGACCUUAAAGCUGCACAAUCAUAUGAAAAUGCUCAAAUUUUAUUUAUAGAAGCUUCCGAAAUACGCUCGCAUAAAACCCAUCUUGAGCAACAACAACAACAACAGCAGCAGCAGCAGCAGCCUGUCGAAGUACAGCAAGAUACGCCUGGUAAUACAUCUCAUGAAAAUUCAACCUUUGAAGAAGAUGCGAGUUCGCCACCACCACCUUAUACAGUUACUGACGAAAUAUCUCGCCACAAUUCCACUCAGCUCAUUGAUGAAACAAUUGAAACUCCUACUGUCACUGCCACCCCGUCAGAAGCUGCAAGCUCUACCCGUGCAAGCAUUUCAUCGAGCCGCCGGCCUUCAACAUUGGUUUCGCGCACCCAGAGCCGUCAAGCUAUUACUACCGCCACUACCUCUUCAGUUCUCACUGAGGCGCAGCAAGAAACCUUACAUCAUGCUGAAACCACGGAGCUGUUUUUGGAACACUAUCCAUCUCAGCUGACUGAGUACGGUAUACGCUUUUUGAACAAUGUUCUUCAUCCUGGUGCUGUAGCAAUUCUCUUUCGCAAUGAUCACUUUUCCACUAUCUUCCGGCCACUUUUUUCAACCCUUCCGCUUGGUCCUGAUGGGAAAUCACCUACCGAGUCACCAUUGCUAUCUCUUGUGACUGAUCUUGGUUUAGGAAAGCAACGCGAGAUUGUGUGGCAGUCGCUUUCGAGCAUUUCAGGAGCCGACGAUGUUUUCCUCGACGGCAGUUUCCGUAUCCCCAGAGGUAUUACUGAAGACGGUAGUGGUAACCGAUGCACGGCUGAUGGCAGUCCAAGUAACAAUAGUAACGCCAGUAGCUCUGGGGAAACACACCAACUUCGACAUGAGUCGGAACAAUCUGAUUAUGAAAUGGCACGCCAAAUGCAACUGGAAGAAGACGAACAGCUGGCAGUUCGGAUGCAUAAGGAAAACGAGCGCGAAGCUCACGAACAACAACGACGCGCUCAAGCUGCUGCUCGUCAACAACAACAACAACAACAACAACAACAACAACAGCAGCAGCAACAGCAACAACAACAGCAGCAAAAACUUGUACGACAGCAACAGCCUCUCCGGCCACCACCUUCACGACAGCAGCCAACCCGAGCAAGUGUAGCAAGUAAUGCACAGCUUUCACGUCGUCAAUCAACUUCUACCACCUCUGCAAAAGGUGAUAAAAGUUGUAUUAUUAUGUAA